UUAUAAUAUUUUUUCAAUAGUAAUAAUUCUGAUGAAACCAAAAGUAUAAUAUUUUUUUUUAAUUUCAGGAAGAAACGAAAUUUAUGAGUCCAAAUGGUUUGCAUGGGAUAGCCUAAAAUUUCUAGAUGACCCAGAAGAGCUACAAGAAACAUUGUCCAAUCAUCCUGCUUCAUCCGACAUCAUAGAAGUUGAUGAAGAAACUACUGACAAUACAGACCGAAUUGUUGAGGACCAAAAUCCUAUUUCUUCGCAAAAAAAAUUUUUGUCGCCACAUAAAAAUGCUCCGAAAAGAAAAAAAAACGAGGACCCUCGUAUACAAGAGGCCUACGAUAUUUUAAAAAGCAG